AUGAAACCGUGGCUCGGCUCUAAGUCAUGGCUACUUGGCCUUGUCUUUAUCUUUUUUAUUGGCAACCUGAUGUUUUGGACAUAUAAUUCCCGAGAGACUUGCGACGAGAACGGCAACUGCGUUUCCUACGAACAACAUACCUCUGUUGAUAAUAAGGAUGAAGCAUCAUCUUCACCCUUCCAUCCAGAUUCCCCACAGCAAGAUCAACAACAACCACCUCCACCACCUGAUAUUCCCCAACCACCACCUCCACCACCACCACCACCACCGGUUCCUGUUCCACCACCUCCUCCAGCUGAAGCACAUCUUGAACCUGUGCUAUUCCAAAACAAUCAACCAAUCAAACCACCAAAAACAUAUAUGCCUGGGCAACAUCCUGCGUCGACCAAAGACUUGCCUUUGGUAGCCCCAACGGCUGAUCAGAUCACUAUGCGGUUGAAGGAUGGUAACGCGCUUGCCUAUGCUGAAAGACUUGAGUCUUGGAAUAUUGGCCUUAUCAACACAAAGCCCGAUGUCUUUAUCGCUUCCGAAGGCCACCUUGUCGACAUUGAUAGACACUAUGAACGUGAGCAUCGUAUUUAUACGUUGAUGAAAUGGAUUUUGCGUGUGUAUCGUCGUGACCCCACUCGCACACACCCCUUGCUUAUGGUCGAUGCAGGAUCCAACCAUGGCUUGUUUUCUAUGGUCGCUAGUGCUAGUGGUGCUCACACUAUUGCUUUUGAACCACAAACAAACCUGCGUAGUGUAAUUGGUCUUGGCGCACGUCUUAAUCAAGUAUCACCGCGGCUACGAGUUCUCCCCUUUGCCGUCCUUGAUAAAUUCCGCAAGGUGUCCAUGUCCAACUAUAACGUCAAUGAUGGCGGUAUUGGGUUCCUUGAUUUUGCCAACCAAAACACGAUCAUGCAAACGCAAACGAUUCGCUUGGAUACGUUGCCUGCUUUUGACAAGUUGUUUACCGGCACAGACAAAACAUUGAUCAACAGCCCACAGGAAAUUGAUGCCGCUUAUGCCAAGGGAUUGGAAGCUUCCACCGACAAUAACGGUGUAGCCAUCGGCAGUCUCAAAAAUGUGUCAUCACUUUUACGCCAACCAAUCCAUUUCUUGAAGAUUGAUGUGGAAGGAUUCGAAUUACAAGCUUUGGAUUCAGCGAGUGAAUUAUUUGCUGCUGGGUUGGUGGAGCAUUGUGUGCUUGAGUUUGGUCCACCCAAUCGAUGGGAUGUCACUGAGCAAGGUUUAAGUACUCAAGAGGAGGUACGCAAAAAGACCAUUGCCCAUGCCAAGCAAGUGUUGCAUCGUGUGACACAGGAAUGGGAUAUGGAUAUUUACUUGUUGCCAGCCAUGGGUUGGGAUCGUACCGUGCAAUGGAUGAUGGAUCGCGAUGUCGCUUACAACAAGAACAUGCCCAACAAGAACAAGAUCGUGCAUUAUCUCAAGGCUUGGGACUUUGAUGGCAAACCACAGGAAGGUGAUGAAUUUGAGCGGGAACUUGAGGGAAAACAACAACUUGUCACCGAAGCCAUCCCAUUGUUAGAUGAACACAUCGAUGGGUAUAUGGACGAUUUGGAGUCUAUUGGUGAAAUGUACUUGUGGUUCGUUAAACGCUCCGGCAACAAGGCGGUGACGAGCAAGUUAGAGUUAUAG